UUUAAAAGGGGCAGAAUUCGCACAUUGCUGGUUAUCAAAACACCCAGAUGGAAAAAUGAAAGCGAUAAUCAUCCCUAUCAAGCUGAUUCUUGUAGUUUUGCUCCUUCACCAGGCAAAUGGAUUAAGAAACCAAACUUUUAACCAUGUCACAAUUCCACAACAUGCAAAGAUGGUUCCCGGAAUCACUCAAGACAACAUCAUCUUGGCGUGGGUGAAUACGGAGGCUACAUUAAAGAGAGCAUACUUCAACCUGUUUAAAAGUUUAGUAACGAAUGCAUUCGGCUUAUCUCUCACUACUAAUAUAUCUCAAAAUUGUACUUACAGUUUAUUUGAAUACUUAAAUGGAUUGAGGAAUAUGAAAACCUGGGCUUUCAAAAUGUUGGAUUCAUCUGGGAAAAUACCAAAUGGUGUGAUGGGCGGAAAUCCUACGGCGUUUGGCGACUUUGAUACAUGUCUUCAAAUAGAAUCUCCAAGUCGAAGUUUUCAUGGACAGUAUUGCCGUAUAGAUUUAGAUCUAGCAUUGCCGGAGAGACCAGUGAUGUCACCAAUGGAAAAGCCAAUGGAAAUCAUUCAUAAUCUGUUUGAGCCUAACACAUUGAUGAAUAACUUAGCAAAAUAUGCUCAAUAUCUUUAUAUUGCUCAACCAAGCUUGAAUGCCUGCCUUCCAUCAUCUUGUUCAAAAAAAGACGUAGCAGCUUUGUUUUCUAACAUUAUGGUGUAUUUGAAAAUUGACAAUAAAGUGAAUGUCCCUGUGGAUUGUGAAGUUAAAGAAGACCUGGCAUUUACAGCAGUGGAGAUUUUUAUUUACAUAUUAUUCAGCUUUUUAAUCUGCAUGGUAGUGCUAGGAACUUCAUUGGAUAUUCUAAUCAGAAAUAAUCCAAAUAAUGAUUUUGAAAAAAAGGAGAAAAGUGCAGGAAUUAAAGCAUUAUUAUGCUUUUCUUUAUACACAAAUUUCAUUAAUCUUUUAAAGGAAGACAACAAUCCAGAAACUCUACACAUAUUCCAUGGUCUUCGAGUAUUGUCCAUGACUUGGAUAAUAUGGAGUCAUUCAUAUCUUGUUGUUAGUUUCCGACCAUUAGAUGGAUUACACCACAGUCAAGACUUUAUAAAAGAUUUGCUUUUCCAGACUAUACCAUUUGCAUUUUUAGCGGUUGAAAACUUUUUCUUUAUGAGCACCGUAGGCAACAUAUGUCCUCUAGAUACUUCGCUGUUGAGCUUGCUUUCGUUGUCAUCAAGUAUAGGACGAUCAACAUCACCUCAACAAGGAAAAAGGGAAUUACACCCAUGCCAAAAGCAAGAUUCGAACUCGUAUGUUUACAGGUAUGAAGCCAACUUCUUGACCACCACACAGUUGGUUGGCUGCUUAAGAAAAAUAAAGUUGGAAAUUUGGACAUUAGUAGAAGCAGAUUACAUAAAGCGCUAG